AUGGCAUUUUUCGGUAAUCAGCAGGCGGCUCAGCCUCCGAUUGGAAUCUUCGGAGGAAGCCAGCCUGCAACAUCUGCGGCUGGAGGAAUGUUUGGAGCCGGUUCAGGCCUCGGAGUGAACGUGGCCACCGGUUCGUCUCAAAUGCCGUUCGGUGGAGCUCCUGUGACGGGUAUGAUGGACACUGGAGGUUUCGGAGCGACGUCGGCCAUGCUGCCUCCGGCUGCCUUCGGGUCCACAAAUAUUGCUCCCGCUGGAUUCGGCUCAGGAGCGAACGCCAUGAAUACCAGUUUCGGAUCUACUAACUUCGGAUCGGCAUUCGGUAGCGCAGGUGUCUCAUCUGGUGGCGCUUUCACGAGCAACGGCUUCGGCCAGCACAGUAAUGUUACGGGAUUCACCUCUUCCGGAUUCGGCUCAUCGGUUAACAACGCCAGUAAUGCAUUCACCGCGAGUACUAUCUGCACUCAAGGUAAUACCGGGUUUGGCGCAACGGGAGGGAGUGUAACUCAAUUCAACGCCGGGCCUUUUACGUCGAACAACUUCGGGCAAACCCAAAGCUCGGGCAGCACGUUCACCUCGGGAUUAUUCGGACAAACAUCAAAUGCUCAGCUUGGAACGUUUGGAGGUAGUGCCUCGGGAUUCGGAAACACACAGAAUGGAGGAACUGCUGCAUUCACCACAAGCGGUUUCGGACAAUCGGCGCCGGCAUCUAUUACAACUGGUUUUGGACAACCAGCAUCGGCAACCACUACUACCUCUGCAUUUGGGCAACCACCGGCCACUUCAACGCCAUCGUUUGGAAGUAGCACCAACACUAUGGGAACAGCAGGCGGAUUUACGUCCGGCGGAUUCGGAGGCCAAAGCACAACAGGCUUCGGGACAUUUGGACAGUCGGCGCAGCAGUUCAACACAGGGUCCUUCACCUCUAACGGUUUCGGGCAGAACAAGAGCACGAACAGUAUCUCAUCCGUGGGCUUGGGUCAACAACAAUCGCAAACGGUUAGCGGAUUUGGUUCCAGCAGUUUGUCACAAUCGCAAUCAUUCAACACGGGGUCGUUUACGUCAAACGGGUUCGGGAAGAAUACUGAGGCUUCUACCUCAUUUGGGCAGCCGAACACGCAGUCAAAUACUGCGUCAGAUGGGUUUGGGCAAUCAUCGGCGGCCGGCGGCACCGGGUCGGCGCCGGCAAAACCCGUGUCCAUGAUGCCGGCGGCAUCCAGUGUGUCGAACCAACCGUUAUUAGAAAACCCCAACUUCAAGCCCGUGACCGCAACACUGUUCGAAAAUAAUAUAAGAGGCGGAUUCGGUAAUAAGCCCGUGGCGCCCAAGAUUGAGCCUCUAACACGCCCUUGUAACGCUAAGCUGGAACCAUGGAUGGAAAUGGCGUACGCAGCCAAAAAAUUCGAAGAGGGCAAGAUACCGGAAAUUCCUCCCAAGAUCUGA